CAAUAAUUUUGAUUUAUAUCAUAAAAACGAACCAAAAUUUUAUGCUGCUGCAGCAAUUAAGAUUGGCAAUAAUAGAACUAGUGCACAGGUAGAUUCAAAAGUUCAGACAUUUAGAACAAGAUACGACAAAGAGAAUAAAGAAGGAACAGGAAAGGCCAGGUCAAAAUGGCCAUAUUUAGAUGAGAUGAAUGAGUUAUUCAGCAAUCAUGAAAAUGUGAAACCCGAUUAUUUGAUUUUAAGCAUUGAUGAUAAGAUUGUUGAAAGUGAUGAAAAUUGCACCAUUACCACUUCAAAACAAAAAAAACAAAAAGUUUCCGAAGUCGACCAAAUUUAUUUGGAUGAGCUAAACUCAUUGAAAAAAGCUAAAAAAGAAUCAUUAAGUAUAGCACAAAAACGUUUAGAAAUAGAAGAAGAAAAAUUAAAAUGGGAAAAAGAUAAAUUCGAAAAAGAGCAGGAAUGGAAAUUUAAACUGGAAAUAGAACGAAUAGAAAAGGAGUUUGAAUAUAAAUUGAAAGUUAAAGAAUUAGA